GUUUUAUUCUUUAAUUUUGAAUCAAAAGAACAAAACUUAUAAGAGAAUGGUACAAAAAGUGUGUAUGGUGAUAGUGAUAACAUUGGUAAUGUUAGGAUGCCAUCUACAUACAUGCAAUGGAGUGGAAGAUAUGUCAAAGGAAGACACAUACACACCAUCAUCUAUCGAACCGAUGAAAAUAAUAAAGCCAACAGGAGUUCCAGAUCCAAUAUGCAUUAGGGAUUGUAGGGGGAAAAGUCACACCAAAGAAGAAUUUGGAACAUGUGUCCAAAAUUGCUUUCAUGACUAUUAAUGUUCUAUAUUGAUGUAAUGUAUAUAUCUUUCUUACGCGCAAGUUUUGAAUUUUUUGCUGAGGUUUAAG